GCCCACAUCCCCGCAUCCCUGCCUCUAUCUGCCCGCAUCCCUGCCCGCUGCCUGUAUCCCUGCCCUGCUCCCCGCCUCUAUCCCUUCCCAUCGCCCGUAUCCCUGCCCGCAUCCUUGCAGAGCCCCUGCUCGUGCCCCCGCCCGGCUGCCCAUGCCCCCCCCGCGCCCCCAGCCCCGCUGCCUGGCUGAUUUCUUCUCCUACGAGACCACCAAGUCGGUGGUGGUGAAGAGCUGGGUGGUGGGCGUCGUCAACCGGGUCGUGCAGCUCCUCAUCCUCUCCUACUUCAUCGGCUGGGUGUUCCUGCACGAGAAGGCCUACCAGGUGCGGGACACUGUCAUCGAGUCCUCGGUGGUGACCAAAGUGAAGGGCAUCGGGAAGUAUGGCAACCGCGUCCUGGACACAGCUGACUACGUCACCCCCCCACAGGGCACCUCGGUGUUCGUGGUGGUCACCAAGCAGAUCCUGACAGAGAAUCAGGAGCAGGGCGUCUGCCCGGAGAGUGAAGCCGCAUACCGGUGUGCGUCCAACCGUGACUGUCAGGGGAAGGGCCGCACCACGGGCAGUGGAGUGCUGACGGGACGCUGCGUCCCCUACAACGUGACCCUGCACACCUGUGAGAUCCGGGGCUGGUGCCCACCCGAGGUGGACACAGUCGAUGUCCCCGUGAUGCUGGAGGCUGAAAACUUCACCCUCUUCAUCAAGAACAGCGUCCGCUUCCCUCUGUUUGGCUUCGAGAAGGCCAACCUGCCCCCCCAGGUCAGCGCAGGAGAGCUGCAGCGCUGCCGCUUCCAUCCCGAGCAACAGCCGCUGUGCCCCAUCCUGCGGCUGGGCGACGUGGCACGCUUCGCCGGGCAGGACUUCGCCUCGCUGGCUGCCACCGGCGGGGUGCUGGGCAUCAAGAUCGGCUGGGUGUGCGACCUGGACCGUGCCUGGGAGCUGUGCCUGCCCCGCUACUCCUUCACCCGCCUGGACAGCGUCACCCAGCACAGCCCCGGCUCCCCUGGCUACAACUUCAGGCACGCACGGUACUACCGUGGGCACAACGGCACCGAGCUGCGCACCCUCACCAAGGCCUUCGGCAUCCGCUUUGAUGUGUUGGUGUAUGGCAACGCUGGGAAAUUCGGCAUUGUGCCCACCCUCAUCAACACGGUGGCUGCCUUCACCUCGAUUGGCGUGGGCACGGUGCUGUGCGAUAUCAUCCUGCUCAACUUCCUGAAGGGCGCCGAGCACUACAAGGCCCGAAAGUUUGAGGAGGUCAGUUGGCUGCUGGGUACCCCAAGGAGGGGCAAUCCCAGAGCCCCUAAGCACCCCGGGUUCCACAGUUCUGGGACAGGGAGUGAGCCUACGCCCAUGCCCUGUCCCACAGGUGCCAGAGGCCAGCGUAUCCCCAGCCCCCACCAGCCCCACAGUCUGUGCCCCAGGAGCCCUGGGGGACCAGAGCCGAGAGAAGCAGUCCACUGACUCGGGCACCUUCUCCCUGGGCCUCUAGCUCUGGGUGCCAUGGGGCAGCCCCUGUCUGCGUUUGGCCCCAUGGUCUCUCCUCUCCAGAGCCCCCCCGGCCCUACUCCUUACCCACACUGACACUGAGACAUGGCAAGGGGGGCUUGUGGGGUGUGAGUGUAACAUGUUCCCGUGCCUCUGUAAGGCCACAGCAUGCAAAGCCCCCAGCCCCAAGGUGAGGAGCGGGGAUGGGGACAGUGGGGGGACACAGCCCCAAGCCACUGGGGUUGGUAUGGGGGUGGGUGAGGACCAGGGGGUGGCUGUGGGGACACCAGGAAUGGGUGGCAGUGGGGAAGGGCACCAGGGACCUAGGGGUGACCGAGGGGUCAAGGGCUGAGGGUGAGGGUCAGGAGCGAUGCUGGGGAUGGAGGGAUGUGAGGGACAUAGGGUGGCACAGGGAGCCGGGAGCCAUGGGGGCAGCACAGGAGUGGCAGAGAGGAGCGGUACCUUCAGGCUCACCUCAGAACCGGCCGAGGGGAUGCGGAGAUCCCUCACCCCAAUAAAGCCUUGGUGUGCAGCCCCACGCCUGUGCCCUCUGUGUGUGGGGUUAAUGGGUGGGGGCUCUGAGGGAUGCAGGAGCCGAUGAGGCGACCUGGGAUGGGGGGGACAGUCUCUACCACCACAAGAUCCCCACUGCAGCCCCCAGCAUCUUCCCUCUCCCCCCGAACACAUGCUGCAACCGUGUCCCCUAUCGCUGUGCACUUCCCCAGUUCUACCGUGGCCCCAAGCCACUAACCACCAUGGGGUGGCCUGAGAGGGUGGGGAAACUAGGGACAGUUUGACCGCUUGUCCAAGGUCACUUCC